AGUAAGACUGCGGUAUCUCAUCGGUGUAACCAUCGGAGCACCCGGGCCUUGAAGGACAUACGGCGCUGUCCCGUCAGCCUGUUCCUGGCAGCUCCCCCAGACGAGUCGUCGGAAGUGAGACUCGGGCCAGCACAUCACAUCAUGGACCGAUUACAGGACGAACCGCCGGCCUUGUCGGUGACAGUACCCGACACCGAAGCCAGGUCGAAGAAACGGAGUCGCGCAGAGACGGACGCCUCGCCCAAGGAUGCAACUGCACCUGCACAGACCACCUUUUCGGGCCCGAAGACGGCAGAGCCACGGCCCAUCGCCGGUCAAGUACCACAACCGGGCGCGAGGUACAUGAGCAGCCCCUCCUCCCGUGGCCCUUCCCUCGAACCCGCGCUGCCGGUGACAAGGCGCCCCUCCGCCGCCGCGGCCAACGACAGCGCCUCCACCUUCUCUCUCCCGGAAAGCACCUCCUCCGAGUCCUUCCCGCCCUCGACCUCUGCAGGGGGUAGCUUCUCCACGGGGCCGCGCGGGAGUCUGUCGCCCCCGUACAUGUUCGCCGGCCCAUCCCGGCCUGCCGAUUACGCGGCCGGGCCGGGGGAGGAAGGCGAGGGCGAGGGCGAGGGCGACGACGGGACGGACGCCGCCCUGGAGGAGCAGGCGGCGGCGGAGCAGGCGGAGGGCGGCGAGAUCGUGGUCGACAGCGACGAGCUGGGCACCGACGACGGCUACGGGACCGACAGCAACACGACAGCGUCGACUUCGCUGGCCGAUAGCGUGCGCGACUACAUCUUUGAGAACGGGCGGCGCUACCACCGGUUCCGGGAGGGCCGGUACAACUUCCCGAAUGAUGAUGUCGAGCAACAACGCGAGGAUAUGAAGCACGCCAUGGUCAAAAUGCUCUGUGGGCAGCUCUACUUUGCGCCGAUUGGGGACCACCCUCAUGAGGUUCUAGACGUCGGGACGGGAACGGGCAUUUGGGCGAUCGAGAUGGGAGACUUGUUCCCGGCGGCAAAUAUCCUAGGGGUGGAUCUAAGUCCCAUCCAACCCGAAUGGGUACCACCGAACGUACGCUUCAUGGUGGACGAUGUAGAGAGCCCCUGGCUUCACCCGCGCAACUUCUUCGACUACAUUCACUCACGGCACACGGUCAUGGCAAUCAAGGACUGGCCGAAGCUGAUGCGCCGAUCACUAGAACACCUCCGACCCGGCGGCUGGUUCGAGAUGCAAGAGGUGUACCACUUCCCGCUCUCGGCCUCCAAGACGCGGCCCGUCCCGACCGACCACCCGGUCGCCCACUACUGGUCGCUCAUCGACGAAGGGCUCGGCAAGCUCGGCAUCAACUUCCACUCGGCCGCCGACGGCCGGCUGGCGGCCAUGAUGCGCGACGUCGGCUUCGUCAACGUCACCGAGCGCGUCCUGCAGAUCCCCGUCGGUACCUGGGCGAAGAACAAGGUGCUCAAGACGGUGGGGCUGUACUGGCGGACUAUUCUGAUCGAUGGGAUUCAGGCGAUUGCGCUGGGCCCGCUUACGAGGGGUUGUGGCUGGUCGAGGGAGCAGGUCGAGUUGUUCUUGGUGGAGGUCAGGAAGGGGUAUCAUGAUAAUAGUCUGUUGGCGUAUAUGCCGUUGCAUAUUGUUUAUGGGCAGAAGCCGGAGGGGUAUUAGGGGGGUUUGCUACGGAGUGUGUGGUGUUUUGGGACUGGGGAAAGGGAAGGGAUGUUUUCUAGUAUC